AUUAUUGAUGCACUUUAUAGAAUUCAUUGUAACGGAGCGGUACAUCGAGAUUUGCAUUCUGGAAAUAUUUUAUAUUGUGAUGGUUUUUGUUAUAUAAGCGAUUUUGGAUUUUGUGGACCCGCUGAUAAACCAUUAAGAAGUAUAUAUGGAAAUCUUCCUUAUAUAGCACCUGAGGUUAUAAUUGGAAAAGAAUAUACUUAUGCAUCUGAUAUCUAUAGUUUUGGUAUACUUAUGUGGGAAAUUUUAUCAGGACAGACACCUUUUGAUAAUUAUGAACAUGAUUAUGGUCUUGCAAUAAAAAUAGUUAAUGGUAUGAGACCAAAAAUCCGAACAGGAAUUCCGUCAAAAUUUAAAGAACUAAUGAAACAAUGUUGA